AUGACUAUGAGGUACCAGAUUGGCCCGGAGCCAGAGGCAAGACAGUCAUUAUUCUCUAAAAUGGGCGAAGCUGCAGCUACUACUUUUGCUUCUGUUGUAGUUCUAGGCCUUGGGUUCGCCGGCGCUGGUUACGCUUAUCAUCAAUCUUAUAAGUGGUUACAGCUCCAGAAGAUUCACCAUGCGUUUGAGCCGGGAGCCGAGCCAAUUCUGGCUUUGGCAGGGAAAAAUGUACCAGCGCCACCUAAUUGGGUUGUCCGAGAAGAGCAAACUAUAAUAGACAACAUUGUCUCUGCAAAUGAGACGGGUCAUUAUUACCUGUUGAUGGGCGAUAAAGGAUGCGGGAAAAGUAGCAUGCUAAUCGAUGCUAUGAGGAAAGUAGACGGAGAUGGUUGCGCCAUGCUUGAAGCAUCUAACAGCGUCGAAGUCUUCCGUAUAAGACUAGGCAAAGCAAUCGACUACGAGUAUCACGAGGAUUACAUUGGAGGUUACUUCAGCGAACGUGGCCCUAGAGAAUCCACAGCGUUGCUCGAUAUAGAGAGGGCGAUGAAUAAGUUAGAGAAAGUGGCGCUGAUACAUCGGGCGAGGAAGAAUAAACCCCUGGUCCUCAUCAUUAACCAGACUCAUCUAAUUCGAGACGACGACGAAGGCAAAGAUUUAUUAGAACUACUUCAGCAUCGGGCAGAGGCUUGGUGUGCAUCGAACCUAGUUUCGGUCGUUUUCACAACCGAUGAUUAUUGGAUCUAUGAGCGACUAAAAAGACGUGCCACGGAGAGGAUGGUAGUUAUGCCAAUUAACGAUCUACCGAAACCUCAAGCGAUAAUGGCACUGCAGAAAUACCGACACCGUUACUUUGGGGAAGAUGUAGAGUUAUCUAUUCUCGAGGAGGUUUAUGAUAAAGUCGGAGGUCGGCUCUCCUUUCUAAAUCGCGUAGCUAAGUCACGCAAUAUGCUUACUACAUGUGAUCUCAUUAAGGAGAUCGAAAAGACAUGGUUUCUAAAUUCUUGCGCCAUACUUGGAUCUGAAAUGGAUGAUGACGUAAUGGAUCAGCAAAAAUUCUCGUCAGCCUCUAUGGUACUCGCGUUAGCCCUUGUUGACAGGGAAGAUGAUAUGGAACAAAUCUAUCACCCGGAGACAGGGCAUAUUCUCCCGUAUUUUCCGAUGCAUAAGGCGCAAGAAGUCAUGACUCGAGCGGAUUUCAUCCGAGAGCUUGACCGAUUAAAUCUAUUUACUAUAAGCAGUGAAGCUCACGUACGUGCCAGCUCCGUGCCCAUGCAACGCGCAUUCAAGGAAAUAUGUAGCGAACCCGGAUUUCGACAAUUCCUCCAGGAUACUCUGGAUCGUAUCGCAGCUAUUGAGAGUUUAGGCCGUACAAGGGAAUUGGUUGCAAAAGACCUAGUCCUUGGCGGGAAGUACCGUAUUUCGAGCCCUAUCAGCCUAGAUGGCAGGGUCGAGGUUCGAUUAGAACAAGACAAGAAAGACUAA